GGCCGCCUCGCUGAGCACCGCGCACUUGUGCCUAGACGGGCUGCGCAGCCUGCGCGGGCCCAGCUCCAGGCUGCCGCCCAACGCCGACGGGGACAUGGCCGACCAGCUGCGGAUCAACAUGUGCAAGGUGCUGGCUCUCAUCGGCAGCGUCCUCGACGCCCUCGACGUGCCGCCGGCAGGGUGCCUCGCGGAGUUCGCCAGCGUAAUCUCCAAGAAGCACAUCGAGCACGCCGUGGGGCUGGCGAAGCGGCGCAUUGGAAGCUGGAUCGGCCAGCAGCACGCGCUGGGCGGCAAGGGCUUGCAUGCCUUCACGCGCGAGCCCAUGCCCUGGCACCCUCGCCCGCCGCCCGCUGACGCGCCCGACGGCGAGGACGGGCCGCCGCUGCCAGUCCUUGCCGACCAGCAGACCUGCCUCGAGCUGCUCGUCAAGGAGUGGACGCACUACUGGAGCGUCGGCGCCCACGUGGCGCCGCUGCAGUGGCCCGCCGACCUUGGCGAGCGGCCGCCGCGGCCAACCGUCGAUCACAUGCGCGAGGUCUUUCGCAGCUUCGCCGCCACCGCGGGCACGAGCGUCCACGCGUUCUGCCCCCGGGACUUCGAUGCCCUCGACCGCAGCCGCGUCGAGGCCAUCGCCGACGUGCUCAUGGGCGGACUGCGCACGGCGGACAUGCACGUUGUCACUAAGAAGUCUCUCCUGCUGGCCGGCACGCCCGCAGCGGCCGCGGCGCUCGAGAACCGCCUGGCCCGGGCCGCCAAGGCGCGGCCAGUGGGCGCCGCCCGCAACCUUGGUGUGUAUUACGCCCUGGCUACACGGGCGGGCGCCCAGGGGGUCGAGGCCAGUUUUGCCUACAGCGUCUGCUGCGCGGGGUUCAGCGACGCCGACCUCGACGCCGCGCGCGCGAUGGCGUUCAGAUCAGUCGAGAUCAGGCCCUCAGGCAAACGUCGCACCGCCGCCCUCGCCACCAUCCGCAGAGACUACGACCCCGCGUCCGAGGCGACGCGCGACCCAGCGCGCACGCUGCACAGGGCUGUCUGGGAGCGGUGGCUCCCCAGACACAAGGCCUUCGCGGCGGCCCUGGCAGCGUCGGGCAGCUGGGCCGACUGCCGCCGCCCCGUGGAGGCCGCUCUCUUGUCAGUGCGCCGCGUGGGCUGGGGGGCGGCCUCGGUCGAUGCAUGGGCCACGCAUGGCGGCUUUCACCGCGGCGUCGGCGACGCCAGCCCGUGGCUCACCAAGAAGCUGCUCGGCCGCAGCUGCGAGCACUGGCAGGCCAAGCAGCUCAGCAAGCACGACGCCUCCGGGCUCGACGUCGGCAUCAAUUUCGGCCCGCUUCGGCGUUUGACGGACAGCGGCCGCGGUACCUCCCACGAAGCGCGGAGCUGGUCCAGCCUCAGCAACGAGCAGCGCGGCUACCUCAGGUCCUGCAUCGUCGACGGCCAGUGGACCAACGCCAGGAAGUACGGCAACGGCCCGAG